GAGGGCGCAUGGAAGGGGGAGUUUUACACUCACUCGUUUGGCACAGAAAGUAUUUCCUGGUGUGUUGAAGUGCUGCGCGUUUGUUUUUGGAUGUUAGCUGAAGUGUGCGUCUGCAGGUAAAUAAUCCCGUGCGUAAUCGACUCGAAAGCAGCCGUGCGUAAAAGUUGGCACCACUCUCUUUGGAUAAUGUGGCGGUGCGGUUUUUUGGUGCUCGUGGGCGCCGUGUUCGUGAGCGCUCAGUUCCCCAGGGAGUGCGUGACACCGGAGGGACUGAGGAGCGGACAGUGCUGCCCGUCGCCCUCCGGACUCAACAACGACCCGUGCGGCUCCAGCACCGGGCGCGGACAGUGCGUGUCCAUUGCGGUGGACGCGCGUCCUCACGGGCCUCAGUACCCGCACGAUGGACGGGACGACCGGGAACGGUGGCCCGUACGCUACUUCAAUCGCACUUGUCAAUGUAACGGGAACUUCAGCGGGUAUAACUGCGGUCGGUGCAAGCACGGAUGGAGCGGAGCCAACUGUGACCAGCGAGUUUCUGUUGUGAGGAGAAACGUGAUGCAGCUCAGCGCGGAUGAGAAGCGUGCGUUCGUGAGCGCGCUGGACCAGGCCAAGCGCACGGUGCACCCCGACCUGGUGAUCGCUACCCGGCACUACUCCAACAUCUUCGGGCCGGACGGCACCAGCACGCUGUUCGAGAACAUCACCAUCUACAAUUACUUCGUGUGGACGCACUACUACUCCGUCAGCAAGACGUUCCUGGGCGCGGGGCAGGCCAGCUUCGGGGGCGUGGACUUCUCACACGAAGGCCCCGGGUUCGUCACCUGGCACCGGUACCACCUGCUGCAGCUGGAGCGGGACAUGCAGGACAUGCUGCAGGACCCCUCCUUCGCCCUGCCCUACUGGAACUUCGCCAUCGGUGGAAGCACAUGUGACAUCUGCACAGAUGACCUGAUGGGAGCCAGGAGCAGUUUUGAUAUGAAUUCCCUGAGUCCCAAUUCCAUCUUCUCCCAGUGGAGGGUCCUCUGUGAGAGCGUGGAUGACUACGACACGCUGGGAACCAUCUGCAACAGCACCGAGACGGCUCCGAUUAGAAGAAACCCGGCAGGGAACGUGAACAGGCCGAUGGUCCAGCGUCUACCGGAGCCUCAGGACGUAGCGGACUGUCUGCAGGUUAACACUUUCGACACGCCGCCCUACUACUCCACCUCCUCCGAAAGCUUCAGGAACACCAUCGAAGGCUACAGCGCCCCCCAGGGGAACUACGACCCCGUGGUGAGGAGCCUCCACAACCUGGCUCAUUUGUUCCUGAAUGGAACAGGAGGACAGACUCACCUCUCGCCCAAUGAUCCCAUCUUUGUCCUGCUCCACACGUACACCGAUGCGAUAUUCGACGAAUGGUUGAGGAGACACAGUCCAGAUUCACUUGUGUAUCCUGAAGAGAACGCCCCCAUUGGUCACAACAGGCGCUACAACAUGGUGCCCUUCUGGCCUCCGGUGACCAACUCGGAGAUGUUUGUGACCGCUCCGGAGAACCUCGGUUACUCUUACGAAGCCGAAUGGCCAGGUCAAGCUUUCACUCUGACUGAAAUCAUCACCAUGGCCAUCGUCGCUGCUCUCGUCCUCGUGGCGCUCAUCUUCACCGUCACCACGUGUGCCGUGCGCGCACGUUCGUACAAGAUGGAGGGCCACCAGCCUCUGCUGGGGGAUCAGUACCAGCGCUACGACGACGACAAAAGCCAGUCUGUGGUGUGAGAUGGCCGACGUGCCACGCAGCUGUGUUUGAAUCAAAAAAUAAAACAAAGAAUCCUUUUGCUUCGUUCAUUUCCAUACAUCAGAAACUGGUGGAGUCUCUUUACAAAUAGAUGUCAACAGUUACCUUUUUUUUAUCUCUAGUUUUUGUAAAGAAAAGGUGUUCGUUAGUCGGUAGGAGUGUGGCUUUGCAAACAUCGCGAGAAGACUCUCUUGGGUUAAAGCGAAUAGAACAAAUGGAGCGCCAGGCCUCGACGGUGAUGCCUUCUGUAGUUGAGUGUUUGAUGUUUCACUUAAAAGGUGUAAAGAAGUGAUCCUGAAUGUUCACAUUUACAGUAACGGAGAGAAGAACAGAGUAAUAUAUGCACAAAAAUAAUAAUUCAACUCCUGCCACAUUCACAGGCUUUCCUGCUCUCUGUGUUUAUUUUCGUUUAGCUGCACUAGUGCCAACGGCUCAUGUCAGGGAGCCACGACGCCCACAAGGGGGUGCAGUUGUCCAAUUUCUGAAACUCCCACCGGCAACAAACAAACAGUGCAGGUGAUUCAUGAGAAAUGUAGCCAGGUUUUCCUUUUCUGUCUUUUUUUUUUUUAUAAACUAAAUUAUACGUUAAGCAAAAAAAUAUAUGAAAUUGUGUGUUUCUCUGUUUUUACAUUUAUGUACGAUGCUGUUGAAUCUGGGUGCAUGUCAAAUUAUGUCACUGAUUAAAUGUUAUCGAUACGACUUUGCGCAUAAAGGUGAGCAAUGAAUGCCUCAAA